CUGAAAUAAGAACACCACCCCCCUCCUCUCGUGCUCAUUGCCCGGGGUCCUCUCCGCUCUGCCACCAUCUCCGUCGACCCACCGGCUCCUCUCGACCUCCUCUGGCACGACGCCUUCCCUUGCAGUUUCUUCAAGAGAAUGAAGGAGACCAAAGGGAUGGAGGCCAUGGAGAUUGGAGGAGAAGGUGGAGGCCACAACAGGCAGGUGGAUGAUGGAUCUGUUGAUUACAGGGGAAGGGCAGCUUUGAGAGCAUCCACUGGAGGUUGGCAGGCUGCUUUCUUCAUCAUAGUAAUGGAGUUCGCGGAAAGGCUUUGCUACUUUGGCAUCAUAUCGAACCUCUUAGUGUACCUGAUGACAGUACUCAAACAAGAUGUGAAAACAGCGGCCAAGGCUGUGCAUGAAUUCAUUGGAGUUAGCACGGUGACGCCUCUGCUUGGCGGAUUCUUGUCCGAUUCAUACACGGGCACCUUCCGAAUGAUCAUGUUCUCCUCCAUCCUUUACCUACUUGGACUGGGCCUACUGACUGCGUCACAGAUCGUGCCCUCCUUUAAGCCUCCAACUUGCGUGGGCAAUUCCUGCAGCGGAUCUCUGGAGCAACACAAGACUGUGUUCUUCAUUGCACUGUACCUCGUAUCUAUAGCAGCAGGAUGGCAAAAGCCCUCGCUAGAGAGCUUUGGUGCUGACCAGUUUGAUGACAAUGACUGCGUUGAGAGGAGGAAGAAGAUCUCCUUCUUCAACUGGUGGUUCUUUGGGGCAUGCAGUGGAGUCGUCUUCGGUGUCACUGCAGUACUCUCUGUAACAGGCCAUUUUGGUUGGGGUGCAGGGUAUGCUGUGCCGACUGUCUGCUUGGGCCUCGCCCUUGCGCUCUUGGUUAUUGGGUGCCCUUACUAUAGGUACAGGAUACCCCAAGGGAGCCCACUGACUCCCAUAUUGCAGGUUUUUGUUGCAGCCACGGCCAAGAAGAACCUGCCCCAACCUUCUGAUCCUUCCGAGCUCUAUGAAUUUGUGGAACCGGGGAGGAGCCGCCUGCCUCACACGUCCAGAAUGAGCUUUCUUGACAAGGCAGCCAUCAGAGAUCAAGUUGAAACACAAGAAAUGAAGAAGGGAAGCGAAGACCCAAUCUGUGUAAAUUACAACCCAUGGAGGCUAGCGACAGUGACUCAGGUGGAGGAGACCAAGCAGCUGAUAUCUAUGAUCCCCAUCUGGUUCGCCGUCCUCAUCUACGGUGCCGCUGUCUCGCAGGGUGACACAUUUUUCAUCAAGCAGGGCUUUGUCAUGGACAGACAUAUAACCCCCAGCAUCGAGGUCCCCGCCGGCUCCGUCAUCACCAUCACCACUCUUUCCAUAGUCAUCUUCGUCAGCCUAUAUGACCGGCUCAUCGUCCCCGUCCUCCGGCGGCUCACCGGCAACGAGAGGGGCAUCACCAUCCUUCAAAGAAUAGGCAUCGGCAUGUUCCUCUCCAUCGCCUUCUUAGUAGCUGCUGCUCUUGUAGAAAAGAAGCGCAAAGAUUCUCCUGAAAUCAUCAGUUUCCUCUGGCUGUGCCCCCAACUCAUCCUCAAUGCUGUCUGUGAAAUCUUCGCCUUCGUGGGCCUACAGGAGUUCUUCUAUGGGCAGGUGCCUCGCAACAUGAAGAGCCUGGGCAUUGCCAUCUACCUCAGCGUGUUUGGCGUUUCAAACCUGCUUAACAGCUUCUUUAUAAGCGCUGUUGAUUUCUUGACGACUAGAGGAGGACAGACCGGCUGGUUCGCCGAGGAUCUCAACAAGAGCAAGCUCGACUACUUCUACUGGUUGUUGGCUUUCUUAAGUGCUGUGAAUCUCUGUGUUUUCGUGGUCUUUGCCAGGAGGUACUCUUACAAGCGUGUGGAGGGGCCUCUAAAUGGUGUUGUUGUUGAUCUGCCUGAUGGUGACGAAGAUGGACAUUAGCUAUCCGCAAUCUAGCUAAAGAAACCCAACUCUGUACUAUUGCUUAAAGAUUCUGUCUGCUGGUUGACAGAUUUAAUGGCAAAGCCUCUGUAAAAACCAGUGUGCGCUUCCCCUUAAACUGAUUCAAUGUGUUCACCUUCCUUUCCGCCAAAGCAAAAAAUGAAACUGCAUACUGCCAUAUAUGUGGCUGCCAUCUGGAGGCCAUUAUCCUACCAUAUAUGGUUCCCGCACAAGAAUUUUAUCAGGUACAUAUCUGUUCGCGUUUCUGUAAUAGGCACACGAUCAGGGUCAAGAAUCAGCCGGACAUCUUCAAGUGAUGAGCGA